AUGAAGUGGAUAAUAAUUUCGUGUAUUUUAUGUGUAUUUGGUUGUUUUAAAGAGUUUAGGCCUUCAGAAUCAUUUAUAACUGACUAUUUAACAGGCCCAUGGAAAAAUUUUACAGAUGUUCAAGUAAAUCAAGAAAUAUUUCCUGUUUCAACAUAUUCUUAUUUUGCAACAUUAGUUAUUAUAUUUCUAAUAACUGACUUUGUACGAUAUAAGCCUAUUAUUAUUUUAUGUGGUCUAUCUGGAGCUAUUACUUAUCUCUUAAUAAUACUUGGACAAAAUGUUUUGACCCUACAAGUUGUAGAAUUCUUUUAUGGUUUGUUCCUUUCUACAGAAGUGGCAUAUUACACAUAUAUCUAUGCUAAAGUUGACAGAAAACAUUAUCAAGAAGUAACUAGCCAUACAAAAGCAGCAUCUUUGUUUGGUCGCUGUAUGGCUGGUAUUGUUGCACAAUUAACAGUAUCUUUUGAUAUAUUAAAUUAUCAUGAAUUAAACUACGUUACAAUAUCAGCUAUUACAUUUGCAACAAUAUGGGCACUUUUUUUACCUUCUGUUGGUCAAUCUAUUUAUUUUCAUAGAAAAAGUGAAAAUUGUGAUAAAUUUGCUUCUGUAACAACUAAUGCAACAACUGUAUUACAAGAAAACAAUUUGAAUCCAGUAUCACAUAGAUCUGAACAGCACAAUGAGUGUUUUUCUCCAAAUAUAAAUAUUUCAUUAAUACAAAAAAUAAAAGAAGUCUAUAUUUUAUUAUGGAAAGACUUUUUACAAGCAUAUUCAAAUAGUCAUGUUGUAAAAUGGUCAUUAUGGUGGUCACUUUCAACUUGUGGAUAUUUACAAGUCGUUAGUUAUAUACAAUUAUUAUGGCAAACUUCAGUAUCCCCUGGAGAUAAGAUUUAUAAUGGAGCUGUAGAUUCUCUAUAUACAAUCAUAGGUACAAUUACUGUUUUUUGUAUUGGAAAGAUACCACUUAAUUGGUAUUUAAUAGGAGAUGUUAUAGUAUCAUUUAUGUCAUUUGUGGAAGGUAUUUUGUUAGUUGCUUCUUCAUAUAGUUACAAUAUUUGGCUAUUAUAUGUUGCAUAUAUAAUGUUUGGAAUUAUUUAUCACACAAUGGUUACUGUUGCAAGCUUUGAGGUUGCAAAAUUUAUAUCAGAUGAUAGCUAUGGUUUAAUAUUUGGUGUGAAUACCUUUUUUGCAUUAUUAUUGCAAAGUGUAUUAACAGCAGUAAUAGUGAAUGGAAAUUUAAAAUUAGAUUUGAGAUCUCAGUACUUUGUCUAUGGUGGUUAUUUUACUAUUAUAGCAGUGCUUUAUACAAUAGUAGGCAUUUUAAAUAUUGUACAACAUUGUAAGAGAGGUGAAGACUUUAAAAUAUGGGUGAAGGAUCAAAAACAAAGGCACUAA